UUUCAUUAAUUCACAUAUUUUUUACGCUUUUCACCUAUCGCCUAAAAAUACCAUUUCUAUGUGCUUAGUUUUUAAAUAUGAAUGAUGGUUCAAAUGAUCGUAAAAAUCAUAUUCGAAAUUAUACACAAGAAAAUCAAGCUCUAGAUGAAAUUGCUAAAGAGGCCGAGGCCCGUUUGGCAGCUAAAAGAUUGGCUCGGUUCGAAGCGAGAGCCUUGCGCAUGAGAGAAAUUAAUAACAAUUCUAUCAAAAAACCACAAUACCCUCCUUCCCUCGAUAACAACUUAUCUCACCAAAUUAACGAACCUACCGAAGAAGAAGAGUUGACGAACGGUUACGCUUCAUGUGAAUCCUUAUGUCAUCAUAACAAUGAUGACAACUCAUCGGCCCAAAUGUACGAUUCCAAUCUCCAUUUUAAUCAACAAUACGAAUCCGAAUUCAAUCACGACUAUGACCAUCCUGUUUCAAAUUCUGAAGAGAUCGAUCAAGACGAAUCUCUCAAUCAUUCUAACAGUAAUCGCAAAAAGAGAGACAUUGAAUCAAACGAGAUUGUAGACAGCAAUGUUUAUGAUGCGCCAAACAAUGGGCAAAAUGGUGAUAAAAUCAGGGUAGAAAACGACCUAGAAACCUUGAUUAUGAAAUAUGAAGACCUAGAAAAGAAAUAUAAUUCUUCCUUGAUAUCGAACGCCGAAUUAUCGAACGAAAUUGAAUCCUACAAAUAUCAGAUUGAAACUCUCAAAGAUGACGUCGACGAUUUUGGCUUAAAAAAUUCUCAAUUGGAACGAGAUAGCAAAAGGGAACACAAUGAACUUUUAGUAUUGCGUAAAUUACACCAAGCCUCUUCGGAAGAGUUAAAGCGUGCCAAAGAACAAAUAAUCAAAAGGGAUCAACUCAUUAUAAAUUCCGGAAUGGUGAUUGUUGAUGUAAACGAAACAGAAUCAUAUUUAGCACCAGUAUUACCAACAAAUAUCGAUGAUAAUAAUUCACGUGAUGAAUUAGAUUCCUGCAUCCUUUGGCCACCUCAAAUCCUGCUUACUACAGAUACUAUAUCUAUUUUACGUGAUUUUAGCAAAAAAAACACCACUUCUGAAUCUUUAGAUUCAUGUCUUCGUAUUCUAAUAAAUUCUCGAGAAGAUUUCCAAACAAAAACACGGGAACUUGAACAUCUCUUAGUCCAAGCUCAAAUUCCCUUUUCCGAUAAAACAAUUAAUUCCUCUAAAAUGAAUCGCCAGAAAUAUUUGCCAUCGAAUAAUUCUUCCGAUACUGACACGGAUAAUGAAAUUACAAAAGAAUUCAGCAUUAAAGCUAAAAUUUCACCAACAUUAUCUCAAAAUAUAAAAACUUCUCUAAACGCUAAUAAAGAAACCCAGACCUCUGAAAUGGACAUAAAGGAAACCAGGCGAAAAUUAUUGGAAUAUGAAUAUAAAUUACAACGUUACGAACAAGAACUUACCACCAUGACUGCCAAUUUGGAAAGAUCGGAAGCUAAUUGUGAGCGCCAAAAGAAAGCCAGAGAAACGGUUGAAAAUAGUGAAUCCGAAUUUAAAGCUGAAAAUAGAAAACUUAAAAGAGAGUUGAGAGACACCAAACAAAAUGUAGAAGAAUACGAGACAAAAAUAGGUCAUUUGGAAAGGCGAUUAGAAAAGAUGCGCUCUUCUAGGCUUAAUUCAGUUAUGACGGAAAUCUCCUGAUAAUUUUACCCAUAUUUUUUGUAUUAUUUUUUAAUCUCGCUAAAUAUUUUUUAUAAUCAAUUAUUUCACUAUUUAUAAUAUUGAUACAACACUCGCUUUUCGUAAAUGAAUGAUAAUUUUCUCUGGAUUUUGCUAAGGGAGUUACAUAAUUUGUUGAGUAGUUUUCUACUUAAUAUUUUAUAUUUAAAAUCUGAUUUUAAUUUUUGAACAUAUUACAUAUGUUUUAUUUAUAUAAAAUAUAUAUUUUUAAAAAAUAAAUUAGCUUAUAUAAGAUAAAAUAAA